AUGAAUCUCCAAAACAGCGGCGGCGGAAGCCAUGUCGCCUACCUGGACUCGCAGGGCACCGUAGAUGGCUGCAUCACUAACGACGGCGAUGCCUUCCUCUGAGCUAAAACCGUUUACAGGAACUUCAACAUGAACACAAAGGAUCCACAGGUGGACUGUUAUCAGACGUGUCGGGUUCAAGCAGAACUCGGUCUAGACAGAGAGACUCUCGUGGGUCUGGCGAUUUUCCUGGGCUGCGACUACAUCCCCAAGGGUGUCGCAGGUGUCGGUAAAGAACAAACGCUAAAACUGAUCCAGAAUCUGAAAGGACGAGCACUUCUGCAAAAGUUUAGUGAAUGGGGGUCAGAGGUCGCUGAAAGGUCAGAGGUCAUGGUGAAGAAGGUUACUCACUGUCUAGUGUGCCGUCAUCCCGGCUCUGCUAAGUCUCAUGAGCGCAGCGGCUGUGUGUUCUGUAAGAGUGAACGCUUCUGUUCACCGCAGGAUUAUGAUUCUCAUUGUCCGUGUGAGUGGCAUCGCUCUGAGACACGAAGCCAGGCGUCCAACAUUGAAGCCAACAUCAGAAAGAAGACGUUGGCGUGUGAGCAGUUUCCCUUCACAGAAAUCAUCAAUGAAUUCUUGGUGACGAAGGACAAACCAGUUCCGGCGUUCCGCAGGAGAAAACCAAACCUGCUGCUGAUGCAGAACUUUGCUCUGGAGAAGAUGGACUGGCCCAAACACUACAGCAGUGAGAAGAUUCUGGUGCUCAUGACCUACACUGAACUCAUGAACCGAAAACACGGCAGAGAAACCUCCGCACAGAUCGAGCCUGUCAGAAUAUAUAAAUCACGCAUUAAGAAUGGAAUCUCCUGCUUUGAGGUCGUCUGGAAGAAACCAGAUCAUUAUGUGUUUGCUGAGAGCUGCGAGGAGCAGACCGAGGUGAGGACGGUGGAGGAAGAGUCCCUCUUCAGUCUGGCGUAUCCUCACGUCGUCCGGGACUUCCACAGAGAGCGCGAAGCUCAGGACAACAAAACCAAAAAAAAGAAGCCAAAAGCAAAGAAAGAGACGCCCGUUGAUUCCCAUGAUGCAGUGUCGGAUCUCUUCGCUCAUAUGUCUCUGCAAUCGGACACGGAUCACCAAAACAGUAGACCAACACACACGGCCAAUAGUGAUGUCACGGCACGCCAAGCACAAUGGGCUCCUUCCUCCCCAAAACCUGCAGGGCUUCUCUCUCCGACCCAGAGCUCCCCGUCCGUGUCUGCUCUGAUUGGCCAGCUGCAUCUCAGCAGCAUUGACUGGGAUUCUUCAUCCUUCGCAGCGUCUCCGUCCCAGCAGCCCCAGUGCAGUACGACUGACCUCAGAUCUGCGGAAAGUGCGACCGAACACGCCGCGGCUCCAACCUCCGGUGUAAAUGCGCCUCAGUGGGGUGUUGAGCGUUCCCUUAAGGAGCGAUUGAUCAUGAAACAUAUCGUAAGAUCGACCGCGUCGACAGACCUUGUUGUGCAGACGCAAAAGAGUUCUGCAUCUAAACUGGGAGAGAUCAAGUGUUGCAGAACGUAUCCGAAGGAACCAGACCCGUCCAAAUCUUCUCCGCCAUCAUGGUCCCUAAAAACGCCACCAGCGUGUUGUGAAGAGAGGACAUCGACAAACCCACGCACAGCUACACACCCGUCUGACAACAUGUGUAAGAUGAGUGUGUGCGCGAGUCAACGCCCGCUCAGUGACGACAGCGAUUCGGAGAAUCGACCCAGAUCACAGAAGCCAAGAAACAAACCGCGGCGACCCGUCAAAACCAGCACGACCCCUCUGCCAAGGGGGAAGAAAUCUCCCAAUGAUCACCGGCUCAGAUAUGCACCCGAUGACACCCCACAAAAACAGCUCCAUGCUGUCAUCCAAUCAGAUCGCCUCAUCCUGGUGCAUCAUGGGAAGGUGGAAAGCGAUGAUUCGGACGUUUCUGUGGACAGCCCUCGUCCUCUGGCGGAGAGACUGAAGAUGAGGUUUGCCAAAUGAAAGGGGUGUUUUUGAGCAAAAUAAUAAACCAGAAGAAAUUAUCGAAUGCAUUUUAAUCAGUUCUUUGUGUAAUCAAUCCAAAAUAAAAUUCAGAAUAUUUGGGGGAUGCAUCUGUAGUGUUCUGGGUUGUAAAUGUGCUUUUGUUUGUGUUAAAUGAUGCAUUACGCACACAUGUGACAUCGUCUGUAAAGUACAAGGAAAGAUGUUGCAGUUUAAUCUCUACUGAAGUUAUAAUAGCUCAGAAUAAUCAUAA